AUGCAAUUGAAUUUAUAUGAUGAUAAUAAUAAUAAUAAUAAUUCUGAUUGUGACGAUUUAUCAAAGCAAUUAACAAUUAAAACCAACAUUAUUGACUUAUACAAUAAUCAUAUACAAAAUGCAAUAUUAACAAUAGAAAAUUCUCAAAAAUUAGUUGAUUUAAUGAUAUUCAAUGGAAAACACAUUAGUACAAUAAUAAAAGUAGAAAGACAUAAGGCAUUACAAUCGAUUCAUUCCAACAUUAACAGUAUAUCUAAAUUCUCUGUAAAUGAUUACUUUAACAGAUCUAGAUUUAAAUUAAGUUUUCAUAAUUUAUUAGUACACAAAGAUACAGUUAUAAAGCAAGAUCAAGGUAUAAAACUAUUACAAUUAAUGAUGGAAAAUUAUCAAGAUAUUUCUAUUCAAUUUCAACCCAAAUCAGAAACAUUGGUCAUUAAUAUUAUUCAAUCUUAUAAGAAAUAUAUAGAUCAUGUAAAUCUACAUAUGGACGAUUUGAAUAGAGAUGAAUUAUUUAAUUUACGUGAUUUUAUAAAUAGCAAUGAAACAAUAAUGGAUAUUACUAUGAUAGCAAAAAAACCUGAACAAUAUCAAGAUUUUAUUCAAAAAUGCAAUAGAGGUGUAACAAUUAACAUAUCUAUAAAUCAAAGUAUGAAAUUUUUAACAAAACAUGAAGCUUUAGAUUAUAUGAAUCAGAAUACUCAUAAGCAAAUAGCAUCGAUAUCUUUCACGUCAAUUAAUUCUCAAUUCUUCGCAAUACUUAUCGGUAUGUCGCUUGACGAUAUAUUUUUUUCAUUGACAUUUAACAAAUUAUCUUCUGAAAAAGCAUUAAACGUUAUUAAAAUUUUCAAUAAGCCAAUAGCGAUUGAAUUUACUAGUCUUAAUAUUGAAAAAGCUUCAAAACUUUUAGAAAGUCGAAAAGAACGAGACUUCUUAGUUUGUCUUAAUAAUCUUCGAUACUCCGAAGCACGACGAAUUUUAGAAAAAUUCGAUCCGAACGAACAGGAUGUGGAUGUUAUUUUGAACAAACUUGAAGAUAAUUAUUAUAAAAAUGAUAAACUUGAAGAUGAAUUAUUUGAAUUUGAUCAACAUAGUAUUAACAAACUAAUUUUUAUUAAUGAACUAAAUCCAAUUCCAUGGUUCAGUGUAAUGACAAUGACAACAUUAGCAAUAGCACAAAUCAUCGGUGGUGUUUGUCUUACUGCAUUUACCUGUGGUAUUGGUUUCACACUAGGGUUAUCACUAAUUAAUGAAGGUGUCAAUGAUUUGUAUUUUGCUGUACGAGGAUGUAUAUCAAGAGAUAUUAAUUGGAAAGAUUAUGCCAUACAAAAAGGUGUUAGUUUAGCUAUAUGUUUUUGUACAUUAGGUGUAUCAGUUGUAGCUCAAUCAGCUCGAGCUGCUCAACAAGUUGGUACGAGAUCAACUUCACAAUUCUUGAAACAGACCUGGAAUGGAACGAAAAAUUUGAUUCGAACAAGUUUUGCAUCAGUUGCAGAAGAUGCUAUUGAAACUACUGCUAGAAAUAGUUUACGCUUAGCAUGUAAACAAGUAGCGAUAGUAACUGCUGAAACUGGUACUCGGGAAGUAUUAAAUUAUUCAUCUGACUAUAUAUUAAAUAAUCAUCUAUUGGCACAAAUCAAAUCAGACAUCACUAACUACGUCGAAUCAUCAAUGGAUGACUUGGCAGAUAAAGAUCUAGAAUAUAAAAAAAUAUUGGAAACAUUUUUCUUUAUUGAUACUUAUAAUCAAAAUCAUCAAUUACAAACUCAAAUGGAAUAUAUUGCCUUCAGUAUUCUUAAUAGCUGCAAUGAUUAUAUUGAGAUAGGAAAAUCAUUUGCCAAUAGUUUAUCCAAUGUGUUCCUAAGUCAUUUUCAAAGCAAAGGUGGUACGAUGGGAAACAUAUUACAAAUUACACAGAAAAAUCUCGAUAUCAUCAAAACCGUUCAAAAUGCACUUCAAACUAUAGAAGUAACGAAAAAGUUUUUUCAUGCUUUCAAAGAUGAAUUAGAAAAACUAGCGAAAGGGAUGCCCGAUUUAGUUGAAUUACUUUCAAAAGAACAAAAUAUUGGCCGAGAAGUCGCCGAAACUAUUUUGUUUAUUCUUAAAGAACAUAAAAUUCUUAACAAAGAUGGAUCAUUAAAUAAAGAUUCGUUUCCAGAGAAUACGUACGAAAAUUUAAUUGAACAAGUAGUAGCUAAUGAACAGAUCAUCGAUCGUCGUUUCUCUAUAGAAAAUCUCAAAGCGGCUUUACAAACAAUUGAUUUAAUUGUCUNUGGUUUUACACUAGGUAUAUCACUAAUUAAUGAAAGUGUCAAUGAUUUGUAUUUUGCUGUACGAGGAUGUAUAUCAAGAGAUAUUAAUUGGAAAGAUUAUGCCAUACAAAAAGGUGUUAGUUUAGCUAUAUGUUUUUGUACACUAGGUCUAUCAGUUGUAGCUCAAUCAGCUCGAGCUGCUCAACAAGUUGGUACGAGAUCAACUUCACAAUUCUUGAAACAAACCUGGAACGGAACGAAAAAUUUCAUUCGAACAAGUUUUGCAACAGUUGCAGACGAUGCUAUUGAAACUACUGCUAGAAAUAGUUUACGCUUAGCAUGUAAAAAAGUAGCAAUAGUAACUGCUGAAACUGGUACUCGAGAAGUAUUAAAUUAUUCAUCUGACUAUAUAUUAAAUAAUCAUCUAUUGGCACAAAUCAAAUCAGACAUUACUAACUACGUCGAAUCAUCAAUGGAUGACUUGGCAGAUAAAGAUCUAGAAUAUAAAAAAAUAUUGGAAACAUUUUUCUUUAUUGAUACUCAUAAUCAAAAUCAUCAAUUACAAACUCAAAUGGAAUAUAUUGCCUUCAGUAUUCUUAAUAGCUGCAAUGAUUAUAUUCAGAUAGGAAAAUCAUUUGCCAAUAGUUUAUCCAAUGUGUUCCUAAGUCAUUUCCAAAGCAAAGGUGGUACGAUGGGAAACAUAUUACAAAUUACAGAGAAAAGUCUCGAUACCAUAAAAACCGUUCAAAAUGCACUUCACACUAUAGAAGUAACGAAAAAGGUUUUUCAAGCUUUCAAAGAUAAAUUAGAAAAAGUAGCGAAAGGGAUGCCUGAUUUAGUUGAAUUACUUUCAAAAGAACAAAAUAUUGGCCAAGAAGUCGCCGAAACUAUUUUGAUUAUUCUUAAAGAACAUAAAAUUCUUAACAAAGAUGGAUCCUUAAAUAAAGAUUCGUUUCCAGAAAAUGCGUACGAAAAUUUAAUUGAACAAGUAGUAGCUAAUGAACAGAUCAUCGAUCGUCGUUUCUCUAUAGAAAAUCUCAAAGCGGCUUUACAAACAAUUGAUUUAAUUGUCUUUGAACGUGAUUAUAAAAGUAUAGUAAUAAAUUUUUUUGUUCGCAGCUUAAAUAAUACUUACCAAAAGAGUAUGUUUCAACAAAAAAUUUACAGUUCAUUAGUUAAUCAAUUAAUGUCAUUAAUUCAAGGAGUUUUUAUUGGACCAAUAAAAAAGUUUGUUCUUGGAAAAAUGGUACAAAUUGUUUCAGAAGAAGUACAAAAAAAUUUGGAUACAAACCAUGAAACUGUACGAGAGAGAAUGGAAGAUAUCAGCAUUCAACGUUAUAUUAAUAGGGUUUCGAAUAAAUUCGUCAACGAUGUUCAAUGCGGAAAGAUUAAGAUCGAAGCAAAUGCUAAAGAAAAACUUAACCAAAUUCUACAAAAAUCAAUAAAAGAUAGAAAUGAGCUAGAAAAAUUGGUUCUUAAUGUGUUAGGAAAUGAAGAAGGUGGAGUUAUUGAGCUUGGCUUGAUAUCAGCUAUGACUGGUUUAAAAUUUUCAGUGAUUCAAGAUAAAGAAUGCGACAAAGUAAUAGAAGAUGAUGGUAAAAUACGCUUGUUAUACGUCCAAACUAAAGAAACCAGUGAACAUCAUGUAUGUCAUGACAGUUAUUGGAAAUCAAUUGAUGGUUCAGAUUUUCUUUGUGUAGAUGGCAGUAAAGGUAGUCUGUAUAAUGCGAUAUAUAGUCAAGCUUCUGAUAAGUUUGCUUCGCCUGUGGAAAUACGAACUCGAUUGGCUGAAUUCAUGUUAGCCAAUUCGACUUUUAUUGAAAGAAUUCUGCCGGCUGUCAAUAUAAUUAAUUCGAAUUCGAAUCCUAUUCGCAGAAAAACGUUAUUAAUGAAAGGUGGAUAUACGAAAAUUGACAUUAGUGUUAUCGAGACACCAUCAAUUACAUUCAAAAAAUUGAAUAAUAGUGGUCCAGCUGUAAGAAUUGAAACAAUCAAAAAACUUUUCAAAUGGAUUAAUAUUAAUAGUAAAGAAAUUACAUUGUUAAUUGAAAUAGUACAAAAUGUUUUCCCAAAAUUAAUAUCAUUAAAAUCUUCCGACAUAGGAAUUCAAUGUGUAACUUUCAUCAAAGCGGGUACUAAUUUAUUCGAAAAAUAUCAAAAUAGAGAUGUUAUAGGAACUAUAGAAGAACUUCAAAGUAUUGGUGAAAUAAUACUCAAGUUUCAUCAAAUAUUGAAGAACUAA